AUGAUGACUAAGAGGUUCCCAUUAAACUUCAUUAAUUUUUUUUGUCGUCUUCAGGCUAUAGAAGAGGAAGGAGGUGAUCCAGAUAAUAUUGAAGUAACUGUUUCAGCUGACACACCCACCAAGAAACCAACUAAAGGCAAAGGUAAGAAGCAGGAAGCUGAUGAAUUAGCUGGUGAUGUGUCAGUUGAAGAAGAUUCCUUUGUCAAGGAAAGUGAAUUGGAGACUCAAGAUGCAAGUGAUCAAGAUGGAAAUGAUGAAUUAAAGGACUUUGAAGAAUCUGUUGAAGAUGAGAAUUUGAAUUCUAAAGAACUGCCAUCUACAGAAAAGAAAAGAUACCCUGACUUGGAGCCAGCAGAGACAACAGAAGAUGCAGAAAAGGAUUCUGAAAGUCAGGAAAAUGAAGGUCAAGAUGUAGAAGAUUACACUUUUCCAACUGUCCAUGACGGUGAAGAUGAAGAAAAUGAGAAAGAUAAAGCAGGUUCUGGUGAUGGUACACAAGAAGUAUCUAAACCUCUUCCUUCAGAAGAAAGCCUAGCUGAGGCUGAUCACACGGCUCAUGAAGAGAUGGAAGCUAACACCUCUGUGAAAGAAGCUGAGGAUGAUAACAUAUCGGUUACAAUCCAGGCUGAAGAUGCCAUCACUCUGGAUUUUGAUGGUGAUGACCUCCUAGAAACAGGUAAAAAUGUGAAAAUUACAGAUUCCGAAGCAAGUAAGCCAAAAGAUGGGCAGGAUACCAUUUCACAGAGCCUGGAGAAGGAAAGCAAGGACUAUGAGAUGACUGAGAACCAUAAAGAUGGUAAGAAGGAAGACUGCGUGAAGGGUGAUCCUGUCAAGAAGGAAGCCAGAGAAAGUUCAAAGAAAGCAGAAUCUGGAGACAAAGAAAAGGAUACUUUGAAGAAAGGUCCCUCGUCUACUGGGGCCUCAGGUCAAGCAAAGAGCUCUACUAAGGACUCUAAAGAAAGCAAGACAACAUCAAAGGAUGAUAAAGGAAGCGCAAGCAGUGUUAGUGGUAGCAGUGGAAGUUCAACUAGAAACCUGUGGGUUAGCGGACUCUCUUCCAACACAAAAGCUGCUGACUUGAAAAAUCUCUUUGGCAAAUAUGGAAAGGUACUUGGUGCAAAGGUGGUCACAAAUGCACGAAGCCCAGGGGCAAAGUGUUAUGGCAUAGUAACAAUGUCUUCUAGUACAGAAGUGGCUAGAUGUAUAGCACACCUUCAUCGAACAGAGCUGCAUGGACAACAAAUUUCUGUUGAGAAAGUGAAAGGUGAUCCCUCCAAAAAGGAAUUGAAGAAAGAAAGUGAUGAGAAAUCCAGUUCGGGUAGAAACAUGGGAGAUAAGAAGACUGCAUCAAGUGAUAAAACGAGCAAAACUCCAUCAACCAAAAAGGAAGAAAAGAAAUCUGAGAAAUCUGAAAAAAAAGAAAGUAAAGAAGCCAAGAAAACAGAAGGUAAAGAUGAGAAGAGUGAUAAUGGAUCAAGUGGCCCUAAUCAAGAAUCCACUAAAAAAACUGAAGAAAAGAAAAGAAUAAGUGGUAAAAGCCCAGGUCAAGUUGUAGUUCUAGACCAAACAAAAGGAGACCAAGGCCACACUAGGACAGUUAGAAGGGGAAGGUUUGAUAAACCACAGAUAUUGAGGAACAAAGAGCGUAUUAUUCAAGAUAAAGUGAAAUUCAGGGAAUACAGGGGUAGAAAGGAUAUCUUGCCUUUUGAAAAGAUGAAGGAACAGAGAUUGCGAGAACACAUGGUUCGAUUGGAAAGAAUACGACGAGCUGUUGAACUCCGAAGGUACUGGAUUUCCCUAAGCAAAGGAAUUCCCAGCAGGCAUAGAGCUUAUACAAGAAGCAGGAAAGGUGCUUUCUUCUAUGCUCUGUUACAGGAGGUGGGGAGAGGAAAGGAAAAAGCAAAAUUGACUGUCCACAAGUAUACCUAUCCUGUAAUGCAUGAGCGAGAAGAAUGCUUGCAGAGGGAAAGGGAGCGAUUAGAAAUAGAAAGACAAAAGCUAGAGCGGGAAAGAAUGGAACGGGAGCGUUUAGAAAGAGAACGUGUUCGUAUCGAACAGGAACGUCGAAAAGAAGCAGAGCGUAUUGCUCGUGAAAGGGAGGAACUUCGUCGACAACAGCAGCAACUUCGUUAUGAACAGGAGAAGAGGAAUUCUUUGAAACGUCCACGUGAUGUAGAUCACAGGAGAGAUGAUCCGUACUGGAAUGAGAAUAAGAAGAUGGCUCUUGAUACAGACGCACGUUUUAGUCAUGGUUCAGAUUACAGUCGCCAGCAGAAUAGGUUUAAUGAUUUUGAUCACAGAGAAAGGGGACGAUAUCCAGAAGGUUCUUCUGUUCCAUCAUCCUCCUUUGAUAGGCGAGAACGUUUUGUAAAUCAAGGCGAAGCAAAAAAGACACGCCCAACAGCACGAAGAGAAGAGCCGGGGUUUGAGAGAUAUCCUAAAAACUUCAGUGAGUCCAGAAGAAAUGAACCACCACAGCCAAGAAGCGAACUUCGAGAUACGGACAGACGAGAAGUGCGAGGAGACAGAGAUGAGAGAAGAACAGUGAUAAUUCAUGACAGACCUGAAAUACCACAUGGUCGGCAUCCAAGAGAGACUGGUUCAAAUCCACCUAGGCAAACAAAUUGGAAGAGCGAAGGAAGCCUAAGCACAGACAAACGAGAUGGCAGAGGCGAGAGGCCAGAACGAUCAGGAAGAGAAGUGUCUGGACACGUGAGAGGUGCACCUCCUGGUAGCCGUAGCAGCGCUUCUGGGUAUGGAAGCAGGGAAGGAGAACGAGGCGUGAUGGGAGAAAGAGGUGGCGGAGGACAACACUAUAAUGAAGACAGACACGUUGUUGAACGCCAUAGUCGUGAAACUGGACCAAGAAAAGAGUGGCAUGGACCUAGUUCUCAAGGAAGUGGGUAUCAUGACACAAGGAGAAUGGGAGAUGGCCGUGGAGGAGGUGGCAUGAUGUCUCCACAUACAAGUAACUCUUCACCAAUUAAUAGAGUUGUACAGAUCACAGGCAAUUCCAUGCAGAGGGGAAGUGGCUCAGGAUUUAAGCCGUUUAAAGGUGGACCUCCACGAAGAUUCUAAGAUCUACAGCUGCUUGGUUUCGAGAUAACUUAUUGAAAUCUCUUGUAAACUUUCUCUGAUUAAAAACAGGAAAUCUUGUCUGGAAAUCCUGGUUAAAUUUUUUUAAUUUAACAUGAUUACUUUUCCUCUCAAUUUUGGAGGCAUUUUAAUAGUUGCGUUGUAAUUUUGGAUAGUUUUUGUGUAUCUUUGAUAAGCAUUUUCCCUGAGGCACUAGAGCUGUGUAAAACAAAUUGGAACCAAAACAUUUGUUAAUCUUGUAUAAAAGAAUAGUUUGCAGCUGUGUGCUAGUAGUUUAAUUUACCAACAUUAGCUCUGUGGUGUCAUGCUUUAAAGUUAGCUGCUUACCACAACAUUACACAACUAUAACCUCCAUUUUGAAGGUUGUCCAGGCUAUUCUCUGCUUUCUAAUUUGUAGAGAAAUAAGAUUGUUCUUGCAUUACUGGGUAUUAUGUAACCUAUUUUUGCAGAAGGUACUGUUACAUUGAGUGCAUUUAUGUGUAUUCUUGCAAAUGUAUUCUUUUGAAAUAAACCUUCAUAUUCUGUAUA